ACUGAUAACGGUGAGCAUCACAUCUGGUGCACGGCGGGCAACCCACGAGAAUCGCACACAUCCGUUUCCGGUGUUAUACCAGUGAAAAGAAAAAAUAUAUAUUUAAAACAAAAAAAAACCAACAACAACAACAAUGAAAUAUGCUUAAAUCGUAACAGUUUUCCGUUCCCCAACAAACAACAAUAAGUUUUCGAAUGUGAACCUGGACUGUACAAAGAACAAUUGUUCCUCGUUUUCAGCCCUUUUCUUUCCAAUUCUCAAUUUAUUUAUUUUUUGUUUUACCCCCGUUUUUUUUCCGUUUUCAUUCCUAUUUUUGUUUUCUAUUUCCUUUCGUAUUAUUUCGUUUCCGGUGCAACCGAGUUCUCGCAAUGGACGAAACUUAAUGUCGCUGUUCGCUAACUGCCCGAUAUAUCAAAUUAAAGUCCGCAAAUACUCCUCCAAUACUGAAAAAACAGUAUUUGCAGAUAUCUACGUUUCCAGAAUGGUCAGCAGUACAUCAGUUACACCAGAUACAGAAGGGGGCUGAGACGAUGAUACCGUGAGGUCCAGGCAGUCCCUGCGAGCCAUGCCUACCCUUAGCAUGCUAAAAAACGCCCUCGGCCACCACGCAACGGCACCCGUUCUCCAUGUUAACGAUGUGAUACAGCCCACGACUUCCGAUGAAAAUCUGGAGGAAUUCAAUGAAGGCACCAUAGGCAACUUCCUCCGCUUAUCACCGGAUAAGUUUCUGAAUUUGACCGUUCCUAAUGACACUCUGGUUAAUGGCACAUUCAAUAAUACCUUCAUCGGCAACGAAGAUGGUGAACCCUUGGCUCACAUUCUCCUCAUGGGAGUACUCUCCAUUGUUCUAGGCCUCAUGAUCUUAGUAACCAUCAUCGGAAAUGUCUUCGUUAUUGCUGCCAUCCUUAUGGAGAGGAACCUGCAGAAUGUCGCCAACUAUUUGAUCGUGUCGCUUGCAGUUGCUGAUUUGAUGGUAGCAUGUCUGGUCAUGCCUCUGGGUGCAGUUUACGUGAUAAGCAGCAAUUGGUCCAUGGGUCCGGAAGUCUGCGACAUGUGGACCACCAUAGACGUCCUCUGCUGCACAGCGUCCAUACUCCAUUUAGUUGCCAUAGCAAUGGAUAGGUAUUGGGCCGUAACGAAUGUGGUCUACACGAGAAACAGCCAUAGAAUUGGAGUGAUGAUAGUUAUGAUUUGGAGCGUCGCGCUUGUUGUAUCUUUAGCGCCACAGAUUCCACAAUUCGGUUGGAAAGAUCCUGAUUAUGCGGAUAGGAUCAAUAUAAAAAAGCAGUGUCUGGUUAGUCAGGACGUUGGAUACCAAAUCUUUGCAACAUCUUCCUCUUUCUACGUACCUCUUCUUGUAAUCUUUAUCCUGUACUGGAAGAUCUUCCAGACGGCGAGGAAGCGCAUCAGGAAACGACGCGAGAUGCGCAACCACAACGUGGAGAAGACAGCGAAAACGAACAACAACACAAAGAGCUUCAUAAUUAAGAGAAAAUUCCUGAGGAUGAAGAAGUCCACGAAAAGGUCGACCGCCGCUGAGGCAUUAGUUGCUUCGUUGGUGAUGAUGGAGGGUCAAUCGACGACUACAAUGGACGUCGUCGAGGAGGAGGACGAACGUCAGGUGAAUGGAAACGCCUCGGAGGAGACCACAGCGUUCACAAUAUCCAAGCCUAAGAUCAAAAGCAACGUCGCCGUCUCGAACAACGUGAGCCCAGAGAAAUCCUCAUCGGCUACCACCAAUAACGGAUCAGCCAGUCACCAGAGCGACUUAAGCCGCAUCGAGAUGAUCCAUAAAGAACCUCCGACGAUCGAAAGAGUGGCGGCUUCAAGAAGAGACCGCAAAGAAACUUUGGAGGCAAAGCGCGAACGCAAAGCAGCCAAAACCUUGGCCAUCAUCACCGGAGCCUUCGUCAUGUGCUGGUUACCAUUUUUCAUUUUAGCUCUAGUCAUGCCUUUGUGCGGUGACCUCUGCCCCAUCAACGCCUACAUCAUAUCUUUCUCGCUCUGGUUGGGAUACUUCAAUUCCACCCUCAACCCAGUAAUCUACACCAUCUUCAACCCGGAAUUCCGGCAGGCAUUCAAGCGCAUCCUCUCCGGCCAGAUCGGAGGCGGCAUCCGGAACUUCCGCUCCGGCAAGAUGCGAUAAAACCCUGUACAUACGCGAAUCAUACGUCCUUAAGUUAAUCUGUAUAUAAGAAUUUUAUAUUUAUACCAAAAAAAAAUAUGUACAACACAGGUUUACGUUUCAUGCCAAUUUAUUGAUUAAUUAUUUAAAAAAAAAUGUUCCUGAUAACGCUACAAAAGUCUUUCUUAGAAACGUGUACAUAAAUAUAUCAUGUAGAAUUGAAUAUCGAAAACAUUAAGUUUUCAGGCCGUAGGUUUCGUGUUUUUCGAUACGCGCUUUAUUGAACUGUUUUAUUUUUUUUCUCUUCUUUUGUUCUAUUGUCGUCCUUCCGGUCCGCAAGAAAACCACUUCCGUUCGGACGCAAAUCCGGAACAUUCUUCGAAUGCCAACAGUUGCAAUUCGGAACCCAAAAAAAUAUUCCAAAGAGAUGCAUUCAACCAAAACGCAUACCCACUUCCCGCAAUAACAACUCGAAUAAGCGAAAUAAUCGAACUGUUAAACGCUGCUGUUUAUUCGGAAAACACAUUUCAGCAAUAGUUGUUAAAUUCUAAAAUUAAACUUGAUUACAAAAAAAAACAUUUGAUUGAAUUUCAUUUAAAUCGAUUCAAUUAGCAAUUUGAUGAAAAUCCAAUUUCAGAAAUUAAACAAACGAUGGUUUGGUUUGGUAAAGUGAUUUACUACCCAAAAUCAUAUAUUCAUACGUAAAUUCACCUAGCUAGUUUGCAGCAAUCGCUGAAAACUAAAUCCUUAACCAUUCGCGAUGUGAUUUAUUCGCUUUUCCACCUCAUGAAACCUAAAUUAUUGUUUCUUUCUUUUACAUUGCUCUGCCUCAUUUAGAUGAUUUCUUUUCCGCUUAUGAAAAAUACAGCUGAUAAGUUUUUUAACUUUGCUCAUUCCGUCGGAGCAUAAUCACGAACGAUUUCGUCUAAGCAUCCCUUCCAUUCGCUUUUCACUCGAGAUAAAUCAAUCAAUAUUUUCGGAUCUGUAUUUUUUUGUAUAUGUUUAUACUGCUUAUUUAUUCAUUAUUUUCCAAUAUCGCGUUUUCCGAUAAAAAUUUAGACUGCGCUCCCAAUUUAUUUUUACGUCCGCUCCGACCGCGAAAAUCCAAUUCCGCUCACGAUAUUUUCCACGACCGAAAAGUCUGUUUGUUUUUCACCCAACGCACGAUACUAAUUUGUUAAAUCGCAGAUGAAGAAAAAAAAUAUAAGGGAAAAAGAACCUUCAAUUAGAGAUCAAACACAAAAACUCAUUAUAAAUCGCGUGCUUCAUUUGCAUGUCAUAUUCAUUAAGUCAUAGAAACACGAUAAUUGAAUCCUCGUUGCUGGAGCCUCGAUUCAAAUAAGUUCAAGGUUGCACACCGAAAAAAAAACAAGUCGUUACUCCCGGCCGAUUGUUAUUACAAAACGCAGAAUAAUAAUUGCGUUUCGAUUUUGGUUUUGAUGGCGCACGUUUCGCUUCGGUCGAUAACCCGAAACCUCUUGGCCGCUUGCUGUUUUCACGAUUUCGUGGAUCAUUUCGGCAAAUUACGCUGUCCCGCUUAACGUUGAACACAUGUUUCAUCGCGUAGUAGCGCUGUUAUUAGUUUAGAUUAAGUAAGUAGUGACGAUCAGCGAAGAAGAAGUUUGUACGGUUACAUAAUAAAUACAAUAAUAUUGAAUUGAUUUUCAUGUGAUAUUUAAUUCUAGGAUAACAUAUCUGUCUAGAAUUUAGAUCGGUUUUCGUUUCGUUUUCCUUCGGCCGUCGCGCUCGAUCCAUCGAGCGGACCCGACGGAUUACAAGAAUCGGGUAAACGGGAUAUGAACUGUACAUAGAUAGUUUAAUAAUCAGAUGCAUGCUGUUGUAUAACCUAAGUCGAUGUAUUCUAGUACUUAAGGAUCAAUCCUCGUGUCAGAUCUUCGGAUUUAGAUCUGAGACGACGAUAUUUCAGGUGUACCAAUCUAAACUGAGCCCUAUAUUGGUGACACCCGAAAACCGAUUCAUUUGUUAUGUCUUUGUUAUUGUUGUUACAAUUCUUUUGUUUCGUUCGAAAGCGAAUCGCAGGGUGCGAAAUGUAACAUAGUAACUAAUUAAAUCGAUGUUCUUAGAUGUAAAUCGUGUAAAUACAUAAAGUUGUUGGGUGUUUUUUUUUCCUUAAAUAAUAAGUAUAAUUAGGAUAAUAGUAAUCGAAUAAUUUUUCUCGCAAAUGAAUCUUAAAAUUAACAUUAUAAACAA